AUGCCGACCCUCAAACAAUGGUUGGGCUUCGAUAAAUUUGAAAAAGCUGCGAAGAUCAUCAAGGAAGUGGGAGGCCUAAAGGCGGCAAUCAAGCAGCGCUACAUUAUGGACCAGACUCGCGUUGGUACGCUCGUGGGCCAGGAUAAAUUCGGCAACAAGUAUUUCGAAGACAACUCUUAUUUUAUGCCGCGUAACCGCUGGGUCGUCUACCCAGAGCGCGUAUGGCUCGACUACGACGCCUCGCAGGUCCCCCCGGAAUGGCAUCGUUGGCUGCAUCACAUCGGAGAUGAAACGCCGACGGACAAGCCGCCCCAGAACGAGAAAUGGGUGCUGGCCCAUCGGGAGAACACCUCGAUUUACACGGGAGAGAAGUAUGUGCCCUAUUCGACGACGAGGACGAAGAUCCAGGGCUGGACCCCCGGCAAGAAACCCGAGGAA